AUGGCAGAACCAGGAUCCCAAUAUCACCACUAUAUUCCUCAGUUUAUUUUGAAACAAUUUGCAUUUACAACAGUCAAGACAAAAAAGUCCCCGCAGGAAGGUCUCUUACAUGUGUUCGACGUGCUCAGUAAAACAUUUUCCCUCGGAGAAGUUAGGAGGACUUGCGGCAAGCAAGACCUGUACUACAAAGCAGAUGAGCAGGAUCCUAUGAGGAUCGAGCACCUGCUCAGCAAGCUUGAGUGCAAGACUAGCUCGGUUUUCAGAAAAAUCUGUACCGCCAUCACCAAUGGCGCAGCCCAUGUGGACGUCCUGGAGAAGGAUAUCCACAUUCUAUUCAAGUUCAUGAACAUUUCCCUUAGACGGUCAGAGCAGUAUAGAGAUGAGGUCACAAACCCUUACCGCGAAAACGACUUCUUGUUUCAACAACUUUUUGACGAUUCGAGGAGGAGUGGCCGAUCGGCAGAUCCGAGCGACGUCUGGCUUGAGCACCUGCUCUACCUUCUCGAGACUAGCCACGAAGACCUGCUUGUAGAUGCUGAAAAGAUCAAUGAUAACUCACAUAAUAGAGUUGCACAAACCUACAAGGCGUUUGUUGAAGGAUAUGCCCUUCAGGUUUGGAAAGCAGCUGAUGGCUACGAGUUCUUCCUCAACGAAAGCCUAGUGGACUUUGAGGGUGAUAGAGAAUCACGCUUGGGGAUGGAAACAAAAGAGACAGGGCCUCAGCUUAUAUGGAUAACUUCAGACGACAUGAAUCAUCUCAUUCUCCCAAUUAGCCCUGAUGUUGCAGUUGUAUUCUGCAACGAAGCACAAUGCUGGGAGUCACCAUUCGCUGAAAGUAUGCACCGUCUUCAGAUUCCAUUCCCGCAGAAUAGUUUACUGAAAACUGCACCACACAAGGACGUUGUCAACAUUGAUGUCCCAAGCAAACCACGGGGCAAGAAGACCUGGCCGCCAACGAUCGCAUGGCGUGUGAAUAUUGGAAUGCUUUCCCCACGCCAUCAUCAAAUAAUUACAUCCUACAUCCUUGGCCAUGCUCGAUCGCUUAUCAUAGUCCGAUCCCGAGCGCGAUAUGAGAGAGCCAAAAGAGAUCUAGAAGUCUUUUCGAGAGAGAGAGCGGAAGCAUGGACGAGGCAAGGAUUUCGAUCCGACUACCAAACUGGGCACCCACAGGCCAACGGAAAGACACAUGGCGGGCCGGUGCUUGAGAGAAUGGUCGACGAACACAUGUCUGCUCUUGACGACAUCAUUCGUAUAAUAAGCACGACCAAUGAGCCUCUACCGCGCAACAAGGAUAGUCUAGUCAAGUCCUGGCUAGCAAUUCGCGCCAUUCACUUCGCAAAGGGCAGCUCAAGUCACUCAUCAAAGCCCGACGACUUGUCUAUCAUGGAUCCUGCCAUCAGAGCAGCUCUUGAAGCUGCCUAUCCCCCCAAGCACCCAAACCAUAGAGAUCUUAUCACCAUUGGAUUCUCUGAGUUCUUCCAUAAUGCCCUCGGGGAAGAGAUGUUUGCAAAUCUGUCGUUCGAAAUAUCAAAGAAGAUCUCGGAAGUCGUCAAUGCAGACACCUUCGAGGUGCAUUUUGAAGCCAGCAAAGAAACGUUGGAAUUUCCCGAUACUUUCCUCGGCCAGCAAGUGAAUGAGCACGACAAAGAGAAAUCCAAGCGUAUCCAAGAUGAAUUGAUAAACAAACCCUCAUUCAAAUCGGUCGUGAGAGCGUCUCAACUACUUGAGACUCUGAUAUGGAUGUUCAAGGAGCGCCAAGAUAUUCUGGCAACUUUUGUGCAGAAAAUCGCAGUACCUAUGAAGGAUACACGACCCAACGUCAUUCGACUUCGCGGGAAGCGGGAAUAA